GAACAAAUUUAUAUGUUCUCCUUUUCCUCGCAAGCACCAACCGGCUACCGCGGCGCGCCCUGUACAAACAACCCCUCUUGUUCUUCCUUGUGAUUCAAUUCCUCCACACCUUUUCUGUGUUUCUUCUUCUCUUCCUCCCCACCUAAUAAUUUUCUACAGUUGCUACACCCUAGAAAGAUUACAUAAUUUCCGCAAGAGUAUAAACUUCCCUUCUCCUAUGGCCUCCUAUUCGACUUUCUUCCACCCACAUUCAGUCUUGGCACGUUUCAAAGCAAGAAGUUCUGUUCUAUUCAGCAUAUCCUAAACGGACAUAUACGCAGCAACAGAUAUGGACCUUGCAUCCGGUUCAUUUGCACAAACAGAAGAUCAGUUCUAUAUUCUGUACUUAAUCAUCGGCACUUACUUUGGACCUGAUCUCAAAGGAGAAAAGGCUAAGAAGUCUGCUUUGCGAAGGAUGUUUGAAGCCUGUCCCCCAUAUACUUCUAACCAAUUAGCUGGCACAUGCAUCCGGACAUCUGAAGUAGAGAGGCUUUAUUAUUACAUCCUCAGAGAGGCAGAUCAGUCUGUCAUUCUGCCACUACCUUUAUUUUACCAGUUCUUUCAUGGAAUUCAUCAUACUCCGAUACAAGGCUUUGCUGCAUCUUACCCUAAGUUCAGUGAGCUUUUCCCUCCUGGCUUACAUCACCUUGUACGCACUUUCAAUGGGUAUCAUGUUAUUGAAAACAUUGUAUUUGUCAAUGACCCUGAUGUAAGCUACAUCACUCCCAAGUGUUUGGAAAGGUACAAAAAGCUGACGGGUCUACAAAAUUUUCUCUUGGAUGGAGGUCUGUCUGGGCCAGAAGUUCUUCCCCUGCCUGCCCAUAAUGGAUCACUUACAUGUACACUGUAUGAUGAUAUCAGCGGGCAAUUUACUAGAAAUUCCUUGGACGGUCACUUAAAUGAUCCAAGUCCUUUAACAUGCCCUUCUAAUGGUCUAUCACAAUCAAAGACCACUUCUGUGGAGGCUAUGCUUGUCCUUCCAAUGCACCCUUCUGCGGAAGCGUUAAGUGACAUUGUCGUUGCCAACAAAAGGGGGUAUGCAAUAACUGGAAGUGCAGCAAGUGGGAAAAUAGGGCCAGUUCUAGGACUACUGGAUAUUGGAGAGUGUGAGGAUGCUUACUUGUUUCGUAUAUCACUUCCUGGAGUAACAAGAGAUGAAAGAGAGUUUAGCUGUGAAGUGGAGAAUGAUGGCAAUGUGAUAAUAAAGGGAGUGACAACAGGUGGGGAAAAAACGGUUCACAGGUACUCUCAGAUGUUUGAGAUGCAAACUCAGAACCUUUGCCCGUCCGGAUAUUUUUCUUUGUCUUUCAAGCUGCCAGGCCCCGUAAAUCCUCAAAAGUUUUCUGGUACAUUUGGUACCGAUGCAAUUCUUGAAGGAAUUGUUAUGAAAGCAGGACAGAACGAAGUGUAGCCAACUAUAAAUGCAAGUUACUAAUGUAGCAACUAGCUAGGUAUAGAGUAUAGUAUUAUGGAGUCUGCCUUUUAGAAUCAUAUAUCAGAUGAUGCACUGGUAUCAAAUCAUAUUACAUUUUUAUGUGCUUUUAAGAAUUUUAUCUCUUUAUUUUUGACUUCUUUGAAAAAUAUUUGACCUUGACUCCCGAUGCCAAAUGAAUGUCGGCCCUAGAGGUCUACAACCUUAAUGGAGGUUAUUCCCAUUUAAAAAUGCACGCCAAACGGCC